AUGUGUGUGUUGAAGAUGCGUAUGGCGAUGACGCAGCCCGAGUAUGGUGCAUCACGUGACGGAGCGCACCGCCAUGCUGGGCUGCCUUGUAGGGAGAUAAGUCAUGUCGAUCUCCGAGGCCGUGCGUCACUCCAAGCCACGGCUAGUCUGAGCCCUGCUUUUCUCUUUGGUCCCGCCCAACCAACGUCAUGGUGGUCAACACUCAACCCGACCAGAGAGUCUAGCCACGCUGCCGAGUCUGCGCUUGCUAUUGCUAUCAUCCUGUUUUUGCUACCCCUAACGUCACCUGCUCAGGGACCACAGAGACCACAGGGACCACAGGGACCACAGGGACCACAGGGACCACAGGGACCACUGCGUGCCUCGGGUAGCCCUCCGUUGGCUGUGGCUGCCCCUGGACACUCGACAAGCCCCAAGAUGGCGGCGCCACAAAGCCACACUCUCCCAGCUGAGGUAAUGCAAAUGCAGGCUGAUGCCCCUGCAUGCAGCCACCCGUCAUCCCACUCAAGUACAUCUUGCUGGCCAGUAUCAACCCCCUCGAGCCUAUCCGUGUCGUCACACGCACGGCCGAUCCGCGCCAAAUAUCUUGCGCCAGACGGCUGCCGUGCCAGCACACCGAAGCUAGCCUCGUCAGGCGGUGCUGCAGCGACUCAAGAUGUUCUAAUCAGGUACCGUCGUAGUGUGGUCACAAAGGCAACGAUGCAUGAUAGUGUCAUGCAAGAUCAGGUCAUGAGCAGUAGCUUCAACCGUACAUCUCCGCCUGGAUCAUGGUCGACCAAAUCCACGUGGACCAUCGUAGGAAAAUCUGCCAUAUUCAUUCCCUCCACUCCAUGGUAG